CACGGUGGUAAGUUAAAACGUUGUUAGAAGUCCACUUAAAUAUCUAAAACCCUACAACUUGUUCUCUUUCGGCUCCACAACUGAGGCUGAGGCAGAAGACACACAGAAAGACAUCAUGGAUGCUACGGACAUGGACGUGGAGGAUCAGCCUCAGUCCUCCUCGAUUUCCUUCAAGCGGUUUGGACUCAAAAAUUAUGUCCAAACAAAUUUCGGAGACGACUACGUUUUCCAAAUUGUUCCCAAGAAUGACUGGACGUCAAUGGCAGUUUCAUUGUCUACAAACGCGGUAAAACUGUACUCACCGGUGACGGGUCAGUACUAUGGAGAGUGCAAGGGUCACUCUGAAACUAUAAAUCACAUUGCUUUCUCAGGUCCAUCUAACCCAAAUGUAUUGCACUCUUGCUCCUCUGAUGGAACCAUUAGAGCUUGGGAUACGCGUACAUUGCAGCAGGUGUCCCUUAUUAGUGCUGGCUCUUCUCAAGAGAUCUUUAGCUUCUCAUUUGGAGGAUCUACUGAUAAUCUUCUUUCAGCAGGAUGUAAAUCCCAGAUACUCUUUUGGGAUUGGAGGAACAAGAAACAAGUUGCAUGUCUGGAGGAAUCUCAUGUGGAUGAUGUUACUCAGGUGCACUUUGUUCCCAACCACAAAAACAAGCUUGUCUCAGCUUCCGUGGAUGGAUUGAUUUGUAUAUUUGAUACAGAUGGAGACAUUAAUGAUGAUGAUCAUUUGGAAUCAGUGAUUAAUGUGGAAACUUCAAUUGGAAAAUUGGGUUUUUUUGGUGAGAGUUAUCAAAAACUUUGGUGUUUGACCCAUAUCGAAACGUUAAGCAUUUGGGACUGGAGGGAUGCAAGAAGUGAAGCAAAUUUCUCAGAUGCACGUUUAUUAGCUUCGAAUAGUUGGAGUCAAGAUCAUGUGGAUUAUUUUGUUGAUUGUCAUUACUCAGGAGAAGGGGAAAGAUUAUGGGUGGUUGGUGGAACGAACGAGGGCAGUUUAGGAUAUUUCCCUGUAAAUUAUAAAGAGGGAGGAGGAAUAGGUAGUGCUGAAGCAGUGCUUGAAGGAGGGCAUACAGGAGUUGUUAGGAGCGUGUUGGCCAUGAUAGAAGAUAUAAAGAGUGGGGCUGAGCAGAGCCAAGGCAUUUUUGGGUGGACAGGGGGUGAAGAUGGUCGCUUAUCUUGCUGGUUGUCGGACCAUUCUUCCGAUACUAACAGAUCCUGGAUUUCAAGUGAACUGGUUGUCAAAUCCCCCAAGACUCGCAAGAAAAAUAGGCUUCAACCGUAUUAGCAGAACCCCUCUACUAACAUCUUCAUUUUUUUUUUAAAGAUUUCUUUUUCUUUUUCUCCCUGUAAUUUUAGAUAAUCUUUUAUUAUAUUACUUGUCAAAUAUACUUAAAUCCCAAUUGAAGGAAAUGCCUUGGAUUUUAAAUGAAUCAACAAAUCCCUGCUUUGUCGCUG